AUGGAAGAUGCAGUUGCAGUUCACAGCGAUGUUGCGGGACACACGUGCGUUGCUGUCUUCGACGGCCACGGUGGGGACAAGGCUGCCAAGCUCGCAAAGGAAGUGCUCCCACAGAAGCUGGAUCACCAUCUUCGGCUUGCGACCGACAAGGAGAAUGCCAUCAUCGAGGCUUUCGAGGCAGCAGAGGGGUGCAUGUAUCAAGAACUGGCUGACGAGGCCAGUUUGUCACCGUCGGGCACAUCCUCCGGGACGGUGGCAUGUGUUGCGCUUCUCCAAGAGAAGGAGCUUUUGUUUGUGAACCUAGGCGACUGCCGAGCGGUGAUCUGCGACGGUGCCAAGGUCACAGUCGUGGCCGUGAAAGAGAGUACCGAGUUCGUGGUGCUCGCCACGGAUGGCAUUUGGGAUGCCCUUCAAGAACAGACCGUCCUGACUACAGCUCGGAAGGUGCUGCGGGAAAGUCGAUCUUCAGAAGCUGCCGCGCAGGCAGUGUUGGAAUCUGCAGCCAAGGUUUCCAAAGCAGACAAU